UGAUGACUCUAAGGUAGCUAAGCCCGUCUCUGACUCUGACUCUGACGAAUCUGGGCCUGAUGAUGACUCUGAGGUAGCUAAGCCCUUCUCUGACUCUGACUCUGACUCUGACGAAUCCGGGCCUGAUGAUGAGCCUAAGACAGCUAAGCCCAUCUCUGAAUCUGACUCUGACGAAUCCGGGCCAGAUGAUGAGCCUAAGAUAGCUAAGCCCAUCACUGACUCUGACGAAUCCGGGCCAGAUGAUGAGCCUAAGAUAGCUAAGCCCGUCACUGACUCUGACUCUGACGAAUCCGGGCCAGAUGAUGACCCUAAGAUAGCUAAGCCCGUCUCUGACUCUGACGAAUCUGGGCCUGAUGAUGACUCUAUGGUAGCUAAGCCCAUCUCUGACUCUGACUCUGACGAAUCUGGGCCUGAUGAUGACUCUAAGGUAGCUAAGCCCAUCUCCGACUCUGAAGAAUCUGGGCCUGAUGAUGACCCUAAGAUAGCUAAGCCCGUCUCUGACGAAUCCGAGCCUGAUGAUGACCCUAAGAUAGCUAAGCCCGUCACUGAAUCUGACUCUGACUCUGACGAAUCCGAGCCUGAUGAUGACUCUAAGGUAGCUAAGCCCGUCACUGAAUCUGACUCUGACGAGUCUGGGCGUGAUGACGACUCUAAGAUUGCUAAGCCCGUCACUGACUCUAAAGACUCCCACUCGGGCGCUGAUACUAGUACUGACUCUAAUGACUCGGGUGUUGAUACUAGUACUGGCUCUGAGGUACUUACAGAGAAAGAUGAUAGCAUGGAUGAUAAGGGCCCGUAUGAGGGGGUGUCGCUGGCAACCGGGCAGAAGGAGGGAGAUGAUAUAGGGGAAAAGGAUCCAAAGGAAUCAGGAGAGGAUGUGAUGGAGGGAGAUGAUACCUCAGAGGAGAAAGACUCGGAGGGGGGAGGAAUCAAAGAAAAUGAAGCCACGAUGGAUGAAACAGACGAAAAGAAGAGUGACGGAGCCAUUAAGCCUGACGCUAAUAAUAGUGAAAAUGAGCCCAAGAAAGAUGACAGCCCUGACCCGUUGGACCCUUCCAACACAGACAAGGAUGAGGGGAACCCGGAGCACUCUCACCCAGACACGCAAGGACCAUCUGCUGACCAGCAACUGGUCCAACCUGUGGACUCCACCACCACCGCUGGGAUUUAGACGCUCCAACUGUGGACUGUGAAUGCUCACCAUCUGCAGG